UUGCCGGGGCAUCAAUGACAUGCAUCCGACCAUAAUCACCAGUUACCAUCAAUCUAUGUAGUAGGUAACUCCCGUCGCAAUCACAAAUGUUGCAUCAUGUAGUAGGUGCGUAGUAGUUACUUUGGUCUUUGGUGCUCAUCAAGUCGCGUACAAACGAGCAAGUCUCCCUUUAAUUGCACCUCACAUUCCAGCAUACACCCAGUAAGCACCUUGACUUGAACCCCUCACCAGCUCGGGAUCUGGUUAUUCCCCAAGCCCACCCCACGCACACCAUUUGCCGGUUGAAAAAACAAAAGUGUCUGAAUGAUGGCAAAAGAGGGUCCUGCGUCUAGGCGAUGCAAGUCAACCUUUUUCGGGUACCCUGCCCUUGCAAAGAGUUGCAGCCAUCCGAGCCAGUACUCCAAAUCUGGCCGUCUUUCCGAGUCAAUUCGUUCCGCUUUGCCCCUCCCCACCGCAUCAGCAAUUUUUUGAGUCCAUCAGGCAGGCUUCACCCGGUGUGAUGCCUGUCCGACCACGCCAGGCGGACGGUCUGUUGCGGGGCAGCUCAGCUCGGCGAUGACGCCCGGUAUGCAAAAGCGGAAGGUUGAGGUAUAAAGGGGUCGUCUGCCCGGGAUGAAUGCGAUUUGGCCACGAAACGCAUUUAACCGGUUGGAGCUUCUUUUACACACAUCUCAAGCAAGCCCGACCAGGAUUGCCCAUCCAGAUACCGUACGUACAUUGCAUCGACCCUAUUACCUUUGUAUCGAUCCACAAUGCCUCUCCCACACGGCGUCUACCGCGCAGACCACGUCGGGUCUUUCCUCCGCCCCAAGGAGGUGCUCGCGGCUCGUGAGGCUGCCUCCAAGAACGAGAUCAGCCGCCAACAGCUUCGCGAGGUAGAGGAUAAGCACAUUGCCGAGGUGGCCAAAUCGCAAUCGACCAAUGGCCUCCGCUCCAUCACCGACGGCGAGUACCGCCGCGCCUGGUUUCACAUCGAUUUCCUCGUCAACCUUGAUGGCGUUGCGCACAUCAGCGACGGCAACAUGGCAUCUACCAAUAUCACCACACACGGCAUGACGCCCCCCAAGCUGGCCGUGGUCGGCAAGCUGGGCCACUCCAAGCCCAUCCAGGUGGAUGACUUCAAGCACCUCGAGGCUCAGAUCCCCGCCGACUUGAAGGACAAGGUCACAACCAAGGUCUGCAUCCCGUCUCCCACCAUGGUGCACUUCCGCGGUGGCCGCGAAGCCAUCGAUGACAAGGCCUACCCUACUCUCGAGCCCUUCUUCGAGGACCUGAUCGCCGUCUACCGCGCCGAGAUCCGUGACCUGUACGCCGCCGGCUGCCGCUUCCUGCAGCUAGAUGACACGAACCUGGCCUACCUGUGUGACAAGGGCAUGCGUACCGAGGCCGAGAAGAGGCACGGUGACCCCAACGCCUUGGCCGAGCAGUACGCCAAACUCAUCAACGACGCCAUCGCCGAGAGGCCCAAGGACAUGAUCAUUGGCAUCCACCUCUGCCGUGGUAACUACCGUUCCCAGUGGUUUGCCGAGGGUGGUUACGAACCUGUGGCCGAGGUUUUGUUCAAGAAGCUCAACGUCGACGUCUACUUCCUCGAGUUCGAUGACCCUCGCUCAGGUGACUUUUCGCCGCUGCGCCACCUCCCUUCGGAGAAGAUAGUCGUCCUGGGUGUCAUGAGCAGCAAAAAGGCAGAGCUCGACGACCGCGAGGAAAUCGUGAGGCGACUGAACGAGGCCGCAUCAUACUGCCCUCGCGGCAUCGACCAGCUUUGCCUCUCACACCAGUGCGGCUUCAGCUCGACCGUCGAGGGUAACGAGUUGACCGAGGAGCAGCAAUGGGCCAAGGUCAGGCUCGAGGUUGAUAUUGCCAAGCAGGUUUGGGGUGAUGCUUAGAAAAAGUUUUGUAUAUGGAGGUUUUGUUUGGGCACGGCAUGCAUGGUGGAUUUGAUACCCGGUUUUGAUUAGGCUCAACCGACUAAAUACUAUAUAAAGCCAUCGGAGGUCAUGUUUUCCUGCUUCGCUUCCGUGCUCCCACCCUGCAACCACAUGAUCUAGACACUCACCCAACG